UGUCGCUGAAGUCCGCGCUCGACUGAUCGUGUCUGCUCAUAUUAAUGAUGGCUCCGCUCGCUUCAUCAACACGUGAGAUAUUCACUGAAGCAGUUCGGGCGAUAUUGGAAGCCUGGUCGGUACUUCAAAUUGCAGUUGAUAAUGGUUUUGGUGGUGCUUACAGUCAGCAGAAGGCCGACUGGAUGGUGGAUGUGCUUCAGCAGUAUUUUCAUGACAAUGAUGACCUGCAGCAGUGUGAAGUGGAGGAUUUUAUCUCAGACCUGAUGAACAAUGAAUUUGAUACUAUGGUAGAUGAUGGCAGCUUACCACAGGUGGCACAGAAGGUGUGUUUGAUGUACCAGCUGUGUGAUCAGGGCAAACUGACCAAGGUUAGAGAGCAGAUCAGCCAGCUGGCACAGAAAAAAAACACUGGGCGGGCAAAAGCCACAGCUGUGAAAACACCAGCAGGUGAUGAUGAUGAGGAAGAGGACAAUGAUGAAGAGGCUAUGGAGUGUGAUGGAGCUAGCAAUGGACCAUCAGUCAGCAGCACAGCGGUGAAGCAACAGCCUCCUCCUCAGGUUAUGAAUAAUGAUGAAGAGGAUGAUGGAUGGACAGUUGUGUGCAGGAAAAAGUGACUUUAAAAAACAUAAAUGAGUAAAAACUGAUAGUUAAGGGCUUUUGUGCCACUCUGGAUUUUUGUGUGUGUGGUUACAGAUGUGUUGUGAAACCCACUAUAUGCUUCCACUGAUGGAUGUCCUGCCAUUCAGUCUGUGCAGAUUCAAAUGGGAUAUUAUUACCUCACAGCACCCGGUGGAGAGAUUUUUAAGAGUAUAAACUAAAUCAGUUUAAACACACGUUGGUUAUAGUUAAAUUUUAGCUGGUGAAAAGUCUAGUUUGCUUUACAAAGGUGCAUUAUUUAUAUGCAUUAUUUACUAUAAAAACAUGUUGACCUGAUUAUGUUUCCAAACUCCUGUAUGCCUCUUAUUUAUAACGCGCUGUUGUCGCCCUCUAGUGGUCAUAACAGGAACGGCAAGAGAAAUAUUGACAAUUGCAGUUACUGGGUUUUUAAUUGAUUAUUCUUUAUUCGAAAUGUACUUAAUAAUUUUUAUUUGAUGAAUCUUAAAGGACUCGUUUACCCAGAAAUGUAAAUUCUGUCAUUUACUGACCUUCAUGUCUAUUUAUUUUGUCCAAGGAAAACACACUGCAUGUAAUAUGUUUGGGUCAGUUUUCCAAGUCAAAAAGUGCAUAAGGACCAUAAGUUUCAUAUUUUCUGAUUUUAGUCUUUGAAGAUAAGGUUGUGCAGUUUGCUUGGUGUUGAUCAAGCAAUUUGUCAUUUUAAUUUUAUUACAAGUUUUUCAUAUGAUAGUUUUCUGUAUGCAUAGCACACGUCAAACAUGAUGAGAUGCACAAUGGAAAACGUGUAAGAAAAUUAUAAACAGAAACUCAUGCUUCAAAAAGGAUAGGUGAACAAGAUUAAAUAGUCCAAUGUCAUCAGUUUACUAAAAUUGUUGCCAAAGUUUUGUCUCCGUCAAUGAUGAAUACAGCAUAUAGCAUUAUAGUCAGAUAAUCCGCACUGCAAAAAUGAUUUUCAAGAAAAAAAAUCUUUGUAUUUUUGUCAAAUAUUAUAUAUUUUGUAAAAAUAUCUAAAAAGAAUCUUAAAUUAAGAUGCUUUUUCUUGAUAAGCAAAACGACCCAGGAAAAUAAGUCUAGUUUUUAGACCACAAAUAUUACAUUUAAGUGAUUUUGUGCAUAAAACAAGCAAAAAAUUCUGCCAAUGGGGUAAGCAAUUUUUUCUUGAAUUUUUUUUGAAUUUAGUGUUUAAGAAAAAUGUUCAAGAAUUUUUUGCUUGAAUUUGAUAUUUUUGUUCUAAAAACUAGACUUAUUUUCUUGAGUUGUCUUGCUUAUCAAGAAAAAUAAUUUUAAUUUAAGAAUUUUUAGAUAGUAUUUUUGUCUUGUUUUCAGUAAAAAUAAGACAAAAAUACCAAGAAAUUGUUUCUUGAAAAUCAUUUUUUGCAAUGUGUGCUUUUCACUUGAUUUUUAUUCAUACUCACUCCAUACAAAAAUAUCUUCCAUUCAUCACAGCUAUUUACAAAGCACAAAAUGUCUUCUAGCCCCAUACGGCAAAAUGUAUUUUUAAUAUAUUUUGUAGAAAGUAAUGAUCAAUUAAAUAUAUUUUUGAAUUUGAA